CUCAUUAUCACAACAUGUUACUUAUCUUAUCUAUUUAUAAUUGCAGAAAUGGACAAUAUUCAAGUGAUAAUGCAAUAUAAUGGAAAAUGGACUGAAGCUGGAAAGUAUAUUGACUUCAUGAUAUUGGGACUUUUGUUGGAAACAGACUGCACUUUCAAAGAUUUUACUGAAACAAUCUAUCAACGAUUGCAACUACAAGAAAGUAUAAUUCAGUUAGAUAUACAAUAUCUAAUAAGUGAAGAUUAUCCUCCAAUAAAAAUUAGAGAUGAUGCAAGUCUCAGAUUUUAUAUGGAAUUAAAGAAGAAGGAAAAUAAUUUCACAAAAUAUCCAAUUUGUGUUAUUUUUAAUGAGGCAGAAUAUAACAGGUUACUGGAAUCAUCAUCAUCAUCAGCUGCAAAUAAAGAAAAAAGUUCAAGCCUGGUUUAUGAAGACAACAUAUCACAGCUGCAUGAACAGUCCUAUGUAUCAAAGGAAAUAUCUAACACAAAUUUGGAUAUGAUUGAAUAUGCCAAUCUUCUUUGCGACCUUCAAGAUAAUCUUCAAGAAGAAGAUGUUGAAGAAAUUAAUGUUGGAAAAAUACAAGCAAAUCAGAAAAUAGAAGAAGGGGGUAUAUUCAUAGACAAAGAAACACUAAUAACAGAUAUGAGUAUGUAUGGACUAUCAGAACAUUUUCAAUACAAGGUGAUAAAAUCCUGCAAAAGACAGUACCGGCUAAAAUGCAUCGAUGACUCUUGUGAUUGGAAUUUUUAUGCAUCAAGAGUUGGACAUACAAAAAUGUUUCAAGUGCGAAAAUUUAAUAAUUUUCAUACAUGUUCUUUGGCAGAAAGAAUGGGAGAAAAUAAGUAUGUCAGCUCAAAGACCAUAGCCAAAAUCAUAAAGCCAAAUCUUUUGGAUAUCAAGACAAUUUAUACACCUAAUGACAUAAUCAGAGAUAUGAGAAAUGGGUAUCGCAUUAAGUUGGAUUACUGGAAGGCAUGGAAAUGUAGAGAAAUUGCACUGGAGCUUUUAAGAGGGAAACCAGAAAAUUCAUUUGCUCAACUGCCAAGAUACUUGCACAUGAUAAAGCAAACAAAUCCAGGUUCAUUUGUAAAUAUAAAAACAGAUGUGGAUGAUACAUUUCUCUAUGCAUUCAUGUCACUGAAAGCUUCAAUAACUGGAUGGAGUCACUGUAUACCUAUUAUGAUUGUUGAUGGGACAUUUUUAAAAGGUGCAUAUGGAGGUACUCUUUUUUCAGCUUCAACUCAUAACGCAGCUGGAAAAAUAUUCCCACUUGCAUUUGCAAUUACUGAUUCAGAAAAUGAUGCAUCAUGGAAUUGGUUUUUUUCUAACAUCAAAACUGUUUUUGGGAUAAGAGAAGAAAUGUGUAUAAUUUCUGACAGACAUGACAGCAUCAAAAAGGCAGUAGAGAGUGUGUUUGAAGGAAAAGUUCAGCAUGACAUUUGCAUCUAUCAUUUACUGCAAAAUGUGAAGUACAAAUUCAAAAAAAAACAUAAAGAAAUUAAAGAUAUCUUCGUGGCAGCAGCAAGAGCAUAUACAAAAACUGAAUUCGAUAUUCAUAUGACAGAUCUGAGCAACACAAAUCCAAAAGUUACAGAAUAUCUCAAGGGGAUAGAAUUUAAAAAGUGGGCAGUUUCACAUUCUUUGAACAAAAGGUACAAUAUUAUGACAUCUAAUACAGCAGAAUCAUUCAAUGCAGCAGUUAACAGAGCAAGAGAAUUACCAGUUACGAUGAUUAUGGAAUACUUAAGAAGCCUUGUUCAAAGAUGGAGCUGCAACAACAAAAAUCUUGCAAAAGGAACUUUCACAGUAUUGUCUACUAAAUAUGAAACUCUUCUUAGAGAAAAUUAUUUGGAAUCCCUACAACUCAAGGUGGAUGGGACAACAGAUGAAUUCAUUUUCAGUGUAGUUGAAUUGGAAGACACUUAUACAGUUAACAUGAAGGAAAGGACUUGCACAUGCAACAAAUUUCAAAUAGAUAUGCUUCCUUGUAAACAUGCUACAGCUGUAUGCUAUGAGAAGCACCAAGACCCACAUGAAUAUUGCUCAAAGUACUUCAGAAAUGAAGAAAUGCUUGCUACAUAUCAAGAAAUUGUAUAUCCAGUUGGUAAAGAAGACACAUGGGAUAUCCCCUCAGAUAUUGAAGAUAUAACUGUCUUACCUCCACUUGGCAGAAUAAAAGCAGGAAGGCCAAAAAAAAGAAGAAUCAAAGGUUCAGUCGAACCAAAGACUCAAAACAAGUGUAACAGAUGUGGCUUUUAUGGGCAUAACCGUAAAACAUGUAGAGGUAUACCAAAAAAAUCAUAG